AUGCCAACGCUUCAGGUCGUCCCGUCUGCAAAGGAUGCGGCAAAGCCUCCAAAGCAACUCAUCUGCCCCUCCCAGAACUUCCAAACGCCUCCGAAACGACGGAGAAGCCUGAAGGGAGCGGACGGCGAGGGCGCUACGAGCACUCCGAUUGCGAUGAAGGCUGCCUGUGAGGUGCUGCGGAAGGAGUUCGCGGAGGACUUCUUCCUAUCACCAGCCAAGACGAGGCUCCCGUCCGACGAGAUCCUCCCCAAGCUCCUGGUCCUGGGCGGGCAGGCCGAGGCCUGCCAGGAGGCCCUGGCACGAGCCAAGCAGAAGAGAAGUGCCCAUGCGCUGGUCACAGAGAACAAGGAGCUCUGGAUAAAGCGCCUCGAGAAGGGCUUCUCUCUGCUCUUCGAGGGCGUUGGCUCCAAGUUCCGGCUGCUUGAGAGCUUUGGGCAGGUCCUCUUCAAGUCUGGGAUCCCCAUUGCCACAUUUCAGGCCUUCGACAAGGGCACCUCCCUGGCUGCCUUCUUGCGGGAGCUCUUGGAGAAUCUCGAAUGGAAAGGCGGCGGCUCGCUGACCCGCCUCUGCGCUGCCGUGCUGGCGGCCCGGCGCGCGGCUGCCGACAAGGCCCCGCUCGCGCUCAUCAUCCACAACCUCGAGGCCCUGCCGCCGGCACAUCUUAGCGCCCUUUCAGCUCUGGUGGCCGCCAAGGAGAUCUGGCUCGUGGCUUCGGUGGACCACAUCUUUGCGGACGCGGCCCUGGAGAUGGAUCCGUGUACGGCCAAGGGCUUCACGUUCUCCUACGAAGAGGUGCACACCCGCGAGAGUUACCACGUGGAACUCAAGGGCAGGUACCCCGACGGCCUGCCAUCGUGCUCACACCCUCUGGCCACCAAAAAGCAGGCCAAGGCUAGCCUAGGACUGGUCUUACGCUGCCUGACGCAGAACCAGCGCGAGCUGGUGGAGGAGCUCGCCAAGGAGCAGCUGGGCAGAGGCGGCGCUGAGGGCAUUCCCUGGGACGAGGUGGCCGCCAUGGCAGCCGACCUCCUCAUUGCCAGCAACCACACCAAGCUCAGGCGCCUGCUGAGCGAGCUGACGGACCACCAGAUCUUGCUCGAGAGGAACGGCCGCUUUGAGCUGGCAGUGAAGGAGACUGCGCUGAGGAAGUUGGCAGCGGGCGAACCAGUUGACGACGUAGAUGUCGAUGAAGACGAUGCGGAAGAUGCAGAAGAUGGAGAGUUCUCCGAGGGCUCGGAUGACAUGGAUGAUGACGAGUAG